GAUCAAAAUGGAACAAAUCGAUAGCUAAUUAAAAUACGCACCGCACAGCGCGUGGUCUUGUAUAGCUGUAUAAGCUAUACUAUAGCAUAUAAUGGCUCCAUUGGUGUCGAAACUGACAAACAAAACAUUGAGGUUAUUGCGCUGUUUUCGAGUCAACAAUUAAUUGUAGGACAAUGAUGCCAUUUUACAACCACCUGGCCGAAUAAGUUAAAGUUUCCAAUGUAUUUAAGUGUUCUUACCUUUAUAGACGGUACGUUACGAAAACAAUAAUUUCACGGUUAUUGUUUCCGUAACUAGAGAUUUCAGAGGACUUGGAGGGUAGGAAGGGUGAUUGUACUUGAUCAAGAUGAGACCACUAACAGCCAAACAAAUUCAACGCGUGGAAAAGAAGAAAAAGAAAAUGGCAGCCUUCUUAGAAAUUGCUAAGUUGAAUGACAAUGAUAGAGCAAAGGCUGCCAAACAUAACAAAGGAAAGAAUCUUGAAGCAAUGGACGUAGAGGAUUGUCUCAGCGAACCUUCAUCAUCACCUGAAGGACCAUCCAGAAAACGCCAUAAAAAGGGUGUUAACUUGCAGCAUGGUGACUCAAAUGACAAACAUGGUGAUUCAAGUGACAUACAUGGUGAUAGUAAUGUUAAAUGUGGUGAUGGAAAGGAAAAGCAUGGUGAUAUGAAAGACAAUCAUGGUGAUACCUGCACUAUUUCAUAUGAACAAAAGAUUAUAGAAGAGAACUCUAUGGAAGUGGAAGGAAUGGAAUCUGGUGAAUUUUCUGGAAGCGCUCUAAACAUUUGUUCAGAACAUGAAGGAAGCUUUUGUGAUAAACAGUGCAAUACUAAUGUGGAACUUACUUCCAGUUCCAAAAAUAAGAAGAAAAAAGUUAGUGAGACUUAUGCAGAACUUAAAAAUGAGCUGAGGGAAAGAAGAAGUCGUUCAAAGAAUAUACCAUCUCUUCGACUGAAGACUGUAGGUGAAUUGGCUUCUUUAUCUAUGAAAGAAGAAGCACGAACUCCAUUACUUCUGAGUGAUAUUCAGUACAUCUUAAUGUAUGCUCUGUUGGGUCAGCAAGCUCCAGUUUGGCCUUUGCGAUGGUGUAUAUUGGAGAAACAGGCUCGAUUGAGCCAUAUAAUUGUUUUUGUUAUGGAAGGAGUUUCACUUUAUGAUUUUUUUAGUCAUUCCUCCUCGUUUCAUUUCAUAAACAGCACUCUUGAAAAUCAAUUGGAAGUAAUUAUGCCUGCUUCUUACAAUGGUAGUUUAGUUGAAGAGCUAAUUUCUGUUCCAUUAACUGGAAUAUGCAAAGAGAGACUUAUACAGAAGCAUGGGAGUUUGGAUGCAGCUGUAAGGGCCAAUGGAGAUGUGUAUAAAGCACUGAGAGCUUUUUUUCCAAUUGAAAGUUCAGAAGAUGAAAAAGAUCCAGAUCUUCCUUCUUCUGACUCAUUUUCUCGAACAAAACUGCUCCUUUCUGUGUCUCAGCUGAUAGAACAGAAUUACCCAGUUCCAAUGAAAGGUGAAUUACAAGAUAGGUAUUCCGAUUUUUUAUUGACCAAAGACUACUAUAAGAAUGUAACACCAUCUUCGCCAAUGUUUGGACUGGAUUGUGAAAUGUGUAGAACUACUACAGGAGAUCUGGAAGUGACUCGAAUAUCUAUUGUGAAUGAAAAACUGGAGGUUGUUUAUGAGAGCUUUGUGAAACCCUACAACCGGAUUACAGACUACCUGACUCGGUUCUCUGGAAUCACAAAACAAACCCUGGCUGAAGUCACAGUUAGAUUGGAAGAUGUUCAAAGAGAUCUGAGAAAUAUUUUACCACCUGAUGCUAUUCUUGUGGGUCAGUCAUUAAAUGCUGAUUUGCAAGCUUUAAAGAUGAUGCAUCCAUUUGUGAUUGACACAAGUGUCAUAUACAAUAUAACAGGGGAACGUAAUCGGAAGAGCAAACUGUCAAUGCUAUCACACAAAUUUCUCCUUGAAGAUAUCCAGAACGGUAAUCAUGGGCACUGUCCAGUGGAGGACAGUUGUGCUUGUAUCAAGUUGACUCAACUGAAGUUGGCAAAUGGAAUUGAAUAUGGAGAUGCUGUAUUGUUAGGUCGUAGAGAUGCUGAAAAACGACGUGAAAGAAAAGCUGCUAAUACACAGGUAGAAUGCAAUGAGGAUUUUGCAUCCAGCAUUUUUUCACAUGCACAGCGAGUGCAAAAAGAAGCUGCUGUGGUGAGUCUUCCAGAAAGAAUGAGUGACUACAAUCAUAUUGUUUUACAUGCUGAUGGAACUCCAAAUGGAACUUCUCAUAACGUCAUGAGCCGACUGAAGUGUUUUGAGGAAUCUUCCAAUGAAGCUGUGGUGGAACGGACAUGUCAAAUUGCCCUAGACCACCAUUUCACACUCUCUCACAUUGUACAUCCAGAGAAUGAGGAUCUUAAUACCACAGCCCUGGUUCAACUUGAUCACAUGUGUCAGACGUUAUGGCAGCACACUGCUGUGCAUGGUCUGUUCAUGGUUCUCCUUGGUGGAAAGGGCAAUGCAAAUGGUGCUUGUUUUGCAUCUGUUAAGAAGAAGGGGCUUUCUCCUGGGUCAAAACUCUGAGGAAGUGAAUGUAGUGUGUUGCAUUAAACAAUCCUAAAUUCUCUAAGUGUGUAUAAAUGAGAAGUGAAAAUAUCUAACUUCUAAUUGUCGCCCAUGUAUAAUCUUUAAACCAAUUUUGAUGAGAUUUGUGGACGACAAACGAACUUGAUUUUAUGAUUUAUACAUAUUUACAUUCAUUGAAAUACUUCUUUGACAUUAAUUGGAGUUAUGUGUCAUGUUCUUUUGGAAAAAAUGUGCCAAAGAAUGUGACAUAAAGAAAUAUACUAAUUUGAGAUAUUUUCUGCAGGGAUUAUUUGUAGUCUUUCGUUUCCUUGUUAUUUUUUGUUCAAUGGAAUUUAUCUUGUAAGAGUCAUAGAUAUUUGUUGAAAAUGAAAAUUCAGAGGAAAUCUAUUUUAUCAUGUUCAUAUAUGUCAUUUUUUCUCCCUGCACAUAUUAAUGAUUAUGCGUUUUGUUAAGCGUUAGUACUUGUUCCUUGAUUUCCAUCAUUGAAGCACUUUGUUUAAAUUAAGAUUAUAAAGAAAGUGUUUUCCUGUUUUUAUGGCUUGCGGUUCUUUGAUUUCGUAGCUAAGGAACUGCCAGCAAGAUGAAAGAUUUUUAAAACUAUUGAUUGCUGGAAUAUUUGGUAUAAGAUCAAAAACAAUUUUGUUGCAUUCAUAUUUUUUGCAUAUUGAUUGAAUGAAAUUUGAGAAUUUCAUAAAGUAGAAGAAAUGUUGAUUCUUUCUAAAUAAUUUCUGUUGCAAUAUCAACACUACUAUAUCCAGCAGCAUAUGUUCUUUGAAAAUAAGUACUGCUAUAUUUUAUAAAUGGUAUACCUCCUCAAGACAUGCACUGUUAAAAUUAAUUUGUUCAUGAACAGAACACGAAUGUCACAUUGUUCAACACGAAUGUUGAAUCGUAAUGUUUAUAAUGGUGGUAGUCAAGUCUUUAACGAUUAGUAUUGUAAUUGAACAUUGAAAAAUACAGAGUUUUAAAGAUGUCAAAAAUUAUACAUUCAAAUAUGCCAAAUUAAAUAUUUUCAUGAGUUGAUGACUACCUGUAAUAUUAAAGAAUCAUAUUUCCCUUUAAAAAUUACCCUUUAUCCCUCUCAUAAUACUUACCUUGUAAUCUGUGUGUUGAAUUGUUCCUAAACAUACUUCCCGUGUUCGGGAUUCUUGGUAAGAAGUAGGAUGCAACUAUAGUUGCGGGUAGGAGUAAGGAUUUACACACAUGUCAAAUUAUGUUUCUUUGUUAGAGAUUUGGAUGUAAACUGUUGAAAAUAUUAUUUCAAAAUCUUCUAUGAACUCACUGCUCUUUGUGAAAAUCAGUCCUUACUUCCUUGGGAUUGAGUGCCUGCCGUGCUAAAAAUGGGGUAGCUUAAUUUGAAGACAGUUUGAUUCCUUUUCUUACAAUAUAUAACUUUUUAAUUUCAUCAUCAUUUUGUUAAUGAUAAUUUUGAAGAUAUUUGAGCUUUCUGGGAUUUUUUGUUCAUUCUAUAGAUGAAUUAAUUUAUAAUGUGGAACAUGAACUCCAAAACAUUUUAUUUUUAAUGUGAGAAAUUGUUAUAUGAUGUGCGAAAAGAGAGAAUAGUGAAUGCACUAAAGUGAGUUAUGCAUUGUAAUAUUACUUGGUACAUGCAAGUGAAAAAAACUCGUAUUACAGGUUACAUUAUAGGAUGUAAAGAAAUUUAAUAAUUUCACUUCAUCCAAUGUAGUGAAGUUACUAAAUCAAUCCAAUUGAGUUGAAGAAAGGACAAGAAGAAUUAAACAAAUACUUUUUUUUAAUAAGGUUCAUAAAUUUUAAAAGAAAAAUAUUUUAAAGGGUGAGGAAUGGAUGGAUUAGGUGACUUGUCAAAAUGAAAAAAUUGUAAAAUACUUUUUAUUUCUUGCGUGAAGAUUGUGAAAAGAAUCUGAUGAGAAUAGUUUUUGUCAACCUCCCCAUCAAUCACGUUUGUCACAGUUGUAAGUAUCUCCCGACCCAUAAUGGGAGCAUAUAUUUUGAAAGAUUCUUAGUACAGGUAAAUAGGUGUAUGUCCUGCACAUCAGUGUCCUAUUAUAACGGUCGACAAGGUUUUCUUCACAAGGAAUAUGAUAAGUGAAUCUAAUGAUUUUUUUCGUUAUGAAUUCAGAUUUUUAUUAUCAGGCACAGUUUUUUGUGACAGCUACUUUUUAAAAAAUGAUUUUAACAUUCUCUUUUUGACCUGUCGUGAGAACCUUUAUGUAGCGAUUUUAUUCAAACUGUAUUUAAGAAAAUUAUAUGUAAUAUCAUGCUGAAACAUCACCAGACAAUACUGUGCAGGGUCAUUCAUGUUUUGACAUGCUGCGAUUGUAAUGUGUCAGAAUCAAGGUAUCUAUGAACUUGUUAACACAAAUAUCAUUAGGGUAUAUUUCCUUCUUUUGUGUUUAGAAGUAUAUUGUGUAAGCUGUGGUUUAGUGUAUUGUAUUUCCAUCAUGCCAAGAACGUGUGUAAAUAAUGCAGAUAAUUUCUGCUUCAUUUGUAAAAACGUGACUUGAGAGACUAUAUUAAAGACAUAGUAAGUUGACUUGAGAGCGAAAUAUUAAAGUAAUCUCAUAUCCCUGACCAGAAAAAUGUG